AUGCCUCUACACAUGUCUCCUCAAAGCGUUCUUAGCGCUGCCCUCGGCAUCUUGGCCGUGUUCCCAGCAACUGCGUCUGCUGGCUGGCAGAAGUUCCCACCGCACCGCCGUACAGCUUCCUCGUGUCCAGAUUAUACCACUUUUUCAGGGCAGCCUCAUGGACCGUAUUCGUCUGGUCCUCUGAAGCUGCCCUACAUGAGGCCGAGCGAGGAGUGCAGAACAUUCAAGAGCCCAGCAGUCGAGAAAGUCAUCAGCGACUUGAAAUCUCGGCUCAAGGAUCCAGAUCUUGCUCGACUUUUUGAGAAUACCUUUCCGUCCACGCUGGAUACUACCGUCAAGUAUUUUGACCCGUCGCUGAAUCUGGCAUUCAUCAUCACUGGUUUUGCCCAUUUAUACAAGCUUCUUCCGCAUGAUAAGAACCUCCAAGCCCUUGUCAAAGCAGUCAUCAACACAGAGGCGCGAUACAUUUCGCAGUAUCCAUACUGCGGCUCGUUUCAGCCACCCCCAGAGAGUGGGCUUGCUCCAAGUGUGAAUGACUGGGCAACAAAUGUCAUAGUAAACCCGCCUGUCAACAACCAGACGGUAUUUGAAUGCAAGUACGAACUCGAUUCUCUUGCUGGAUUCCUCAAAAUCACGCGUUCUUACUACGCCAACACAAAGGACUCAUCCUUCAUCAAUGACAAUUGGAAUGCUGCAAUGAACCAGAUUGUUCGAGUCCUUUACGAACAGUCUCAGAGCAGUUGGUCGGACGACUUUCAAUGGGUCAGCUACUACAACUGGACGGGCACUGCUGGGGCGCUCUCCCCAAUGGUACCCAACAGUGGCAAUGGCGAGCCGAAACAAGCAAAUGGUUUGGUUGCUUCGAGCCACAGGCCUUCUGACGACCUAUGUGUCUUUAACUUUAUCACUUCCGACAAUGCUAUGAUGUCUGUCGAGCUCGCUAAUGUUGCAGACAUGCUCAACACAAUCAGGACCCAGAGGAGCCUCGCCAAGCAACUUCAACAAUACUCCAAUACCAUCAAGCAGGCCGUUUGGGCACAUACCCGCGCUUCCAACGGCAUUUUUGCAUACGAAACCAACGGAAUUGGAGCGCAAUACAUCAUGGACGACGCCAACGUACCUAGCCUGGUGUCGUUGCCGUAUCUGGGAUUCUUGGAGCGGAGCGAUCCUACCUACCAGAAGACUAAAGCCGCGAUGUUUUCGAGAGCGAACCCGUACUAUGCUGUAGGAAAGACGUGGAGUGGCAUUGGAGGUCCUCACGUCAACGCCACUUAUCCGUGGCCCAUGAGUCAAAUUUCCGCCAUCUUUGGCACGGAUGAUGAUAGGGAGAUCAAGCAGCGUCUGGCACUCAUUCUAGAGAACACUAGUGGACUGGGGUUGAUCCAUGAGAGCGUCAACAUUUACAACUCGAGCGUGUACACUCGUCCGUGGUUCGCGUGGGCAAACAGUUAUUUUGCAGAGAUGAUUUUAGACUUGGCCGAGAGGAAGCCUAGCCUGAUUCUAAAGUCUGGGAAGCCGUACAAGAUUGGACAGUGA